ACAUACAGCUGAGAAUGAUCAAUCAAUAAGCCAGUGCUUGGAUGGCAACUGCAGGUUCAGGCAAUAAAUACACACCAAGCAAGGCAGCAAGGCAUUGAGCUACUAAUUGUGGAGUGUUGCGUUGGCUGGUCUGGUGGUUUAAGGCUUUGAUAUGGCUUUUGGAAUUAAUUUGGGGAUUGUGUUCCUUUGCUCAUUGUUUGCAGAACACUCAAGUUUUACAUGGGCUCCACGUGAUGCCCAGAGAGUAAGAGGCUAUGGGUUUUCUGGCUCUUCCAGAAUGGAAGUUGAGCAGAGGCAAACAGGUGGCAGCUAUCCCCAGGAUCAAUUCAGACCAGCCUCUCGUGGCUCUAACCCCAGCAGCUUUACCUCUGCCCAGACAAAGGGUAAGAGGACCCGUGCCAAGAAUACUGACAUUAGCCUCUCUGGUUCUAUAGCCAGUGGAACCUCUGCCAUCCACAACAAGCAUCAAACCAAGGCCAGCAGAACCUAUGGUCAAAGUGUCACUGACACAAGUUGGGAGGCAAAGAGAAUCCAGCCCUACACUCUUCGUCCAGUACAGCCUCACUCCAGCAGCUCUGGAUUAGUCCAGAGUCCAUAUGCUAUGUUUAAUGUCCACAGUAGAACUGCCUCUAACCUGAAACCAUCUACUCCUAACUAUGGCUCUACCCAGAGUGGAUUGAAGUUCUCCACCUCCAGACAACCCAACCAAGGCCUUGUCCAGACUCAGAGUAGAGGAGCCCCCAGCCUCUAUGGUCAAGCUGCUACCCAAACCACCUCCCUCACCCGCUAUGUCCAGGAACUGAAGCAAGGGAGCCGCUUCCCUACCCUGGCUUCCAAGGGACCAAUAGAAAUCUCUGCCCAGUCGAUUUCCACUCCUGACCGUCAAGUUCCCUCAAGUGGUUCUUCACUAACUUCAUUUAGACCAGGUCCUCUGAGUUUUGGUUCUACUCAAGGGUGGAGUGCAACAAAAAGCUACAAGCCUAGCUUCUCCCAAGAUGUUAUGCAAUACCAGAGCAGCUCUGCCAGUAGUGUUUCAACUUCCAAUCAAUAUGCCCAAACCUCUGGCCAGAGAAUAGAUGGAGCCUCUACCUCAAGUCGUGGCAUGCCCACAUCUAGCCUGGCCUCUCGCUCCAGUCUUUUUCGCCCUAGCUCUACAGCUAGUGGAAACUCCUAUGGAGCCUACAAGCCUGGCUAUGACCUUGGUGCAACACCAAGCCAAAGCCUGUUUACCUCUAACCAGGGUGGAAAGGGUUCAACAUACAGCCAGAAUCUCCUUGCUAAACCUACCCAAAGGAAGUAUGGCCAAAUGUCUGCUCAUUGGGGGAGUUACCAGCCCAGCUAUGCUGCCAGUAGUGGGCCAGUCUCCAGCCUCUUCAGUUCUACCCAGGCUGCCAGUUCAACAUUCAUCCAGAAUGCUCCUGCCACAGCCCAGAAGUCAAGUGGCUCUGAACCUGCCCCCGGUCAACGCUAUAUGUUCAAUGAAGUGAAGUCCAACACUGGCGCUGUCAGAGGUCCCACCCAGAACCUCUUGUCUAGCAGCUAUGGCCCUACCCAGAGCAGGACCAGCAGUGCCAUCUCGACCACCCCUCAACGCUUUGCCCAGACCGUCAUCCACAGCAUCCCAGAAUUGUACGGCGGAUCUCCAAUCCAUCGGCUCAAAGACCCUACUCAGUAGGAGUAGGGCCUCCCCUAGCCACUCAACCCAGCUCUUCAAGUGUCGGAAAGCCACAGACAAACCACACUAUCUGCCAAGCAGAAAGGCCCCAGCACUACCUACGUCUGAGCCCAGAGCUUUAGUGGACUAGGGGAGUCCAGAACAUGAAGUGGGAUCUGUAGCCACCAGUUGAGGUGCUGUGACCUGGAAGUGUUGUCAGGACUUCUCUACUUCAAUUGUUUUAAAUAAAAUUGAUUCUAAUACA